UGGAUAUGUUCAGCCAGUAUAAAGUUAUUCCUAUUUCUACAAAUAUCCUAUAAAAACCAGUUCGAGACAGUAUCUGUAUUUCCCGGGCCACUUAAAGUACGUGAAGGCAGCAUCAGGCUGGUAGGGUUCCUCCUUUUUCUGUGAUUGGUCGAUCGUCCCGUCACUCACAUGUGUGAACAGGCAAUUCCAAAAACCGAGUCAUGUGUCCACUGGACCAAUCAGAGCGCCGCUUUAUUAUGACACCACGGGAUUCCGCGAAAUAGUUUCUUGGAGUUGAGAGAAGUGCAGCUCGCGGAGGACCGGGACAAGUUGACGCAUGUGUGGGAGCGAACAGAGGCGGAAUCACAGCGGACACAAUAGCUGCUCCCGGGGACGCUCCCGUUUAUCGAUCCGUCUGUCUGGAGAAAAGAAACGAUCAAGAGGAAGAAGAGGGAGGAAGAUCGACACGUCUGUUUCCUGGGGGGCUGUUUAUUUAUCCGCCUGCAGCAGAAGACGCAGCCUGAGCACAGUCACAUUGAAGCGGACACGUGUGGAUAGUUGACCACAUGUCUCCUGGGAGGACCGAUCGCAUCCGUGUUGUCCCGCUGUUGUUUUAAAACAGGGUCUACUUUCUGUAGAUGAACACCCAGGUUGCUUUCUCUCCGGUCGGAUCUGCUUCAGUGAUGUCAGAGGUCGACUUGUCCGCAGAGUGUGUCCCCACCGGCCGAGCCCCGGGGCGGACAGAGGACACGUUGAAAGAGAACCAGGAGAACAGGACGUUGCUGAUGGUGGCGAUGAUUUUAUUGGACUUGAACAAAUGUAACCCCGCUGCUGCCGGCAGGUGUCUCGGGGGCUCUGACGCCGGCCCACUGGAGAAGGUGGAGCGGGCCGGCUGCCGGCUGGGGACCGGGGACGGCCGGAGCUCGGUGGCACCCAAGCAGUCCCGGGACAAGGCUGCGAGGAGGCAGGAGUCUCCCGAGAAGAGACACUGCUGCCCCUUCACCGGCUGCGGGAAGGUGUACGGGAAGUCGUCCCACCUCAAAGCCCAUCUCAGGGUCCACACCGGUAAGUGAGGGGCCAGGGGACACGCCUACGACAGCACCGGGCCCACAGAGAGCCGCUCUGCGUCACUUUCACCAGUGGCUCUCGUCUCACGCUGACGUCACAGUCAGAACGUGAAAUAGCACGGACAAUAGGAGUGACAUCACACUGCGAGAGACUGAAAUAACAGUUAUGACGUCAUGAAAAGUCCUACGUUUAAUGUUAUAGACCAGGACUGCAGCCUGUGUGUAUAU